GUGCUUUUCAAUCAGUCUGCGAAUCUACAGGCUCACAAUAGGGCCAAUGAGCGAACAAUUCCUGUGAUCAAUCUCGAAGAUGAUGAUUAUGAAGAGCAGUCUGAUAUCAGGGAGUUUCUCGAAUCCAAAAGUUAUCAAUGCCUGGGACAUGCCCUUCUCUGAGCUUGGGAAGUGGGCAAGUGGCCAUGUUGUUUGCCAAGACGGCUGCGAGAUUCUGCGUCAGUCAGUGCAAUAUGUCGUCAUCCUGGAGCAUUGGAAACAAGAUUUGCAAUGUUUUAAAGGUGGAUGCAUCAUGCUCCAUCCAUACAUAAUAAUUGAUUGAAGAAAGGAAGUCGUUCAGGUGCUGUACUAGGAGAGGAUACCUGACUCACCGACCUGGCCUCAGCACUCAGCAGUCAGCAGCAGCUUGUAGGCGUCUUCAAAACUUCAGCUUCACCUUCUUGUAGUUGUGUUCCUUUCCUUUCCAGUUUCCAUGCUGGUGCGUACGUGUGCGUGCAAGCAAUAUUCAGUGUGAUGCAUGGCCACAAUAUUCAACUUCACCUUCUUGUAGUUGUGAUUUGCUGUCGAGGUGAUGCAUGGCCACAAUAUUCAGUGUGUCUAUGUAUGUAUCUCAGGCCCGGAGCAGUGAGCUGCGUCUGCGCAUGAACGCAAAGUAAAGCUGUGACUGUGACUGUGACUGUCAGGAACAGGAAGUACUACUACACUACUGGUGGCCUGUGUGCGCUGUCCCCUGUGGAGGGAAACCAACAAGGCCAAACACACACGCACGUUGGGCCGAGAAAAAAGAAAUAGAAAUACGGGCCCAUCUCAUCUAUGUUCUAGUUAAUGGAAAAUCCGGCCUGUGUCACUGAUGGUAGAUCAGGCCCAAUGAACACGAUCACAGCCACACCAACGCACCACGCUCGGCUGCGAGCUUGCGACCCCACCGACACACACAGCAGGGAAGCGAGGGGAAGGAGAGGCAAGGCGGCGCGGCCAGCGGCCCAGGAUAUCUGCGCGUGCGAUCCCGAGGAGGCGUCGGCGAGGUGGGAUGAUAUCGCAGUUCUUCGUUCUGUCGCAGCGCGGCGACCACAUCGUCUUCCGCGACUAUCGCGGCGAGGUGCCCAAGGGAAGCGCGGAGAUCUUCUUCCGGAAGGUCAAGUUCUGGAACGACGACGAGGCAGAGGAGGCGCCCCCGGUCUUCAAUGUCGAUGGGGUUAACUAUAUUCAUGUCAAAGUCGCUGGACUAUUUUUUGUGGUAACCACAAUGGUUAAUGUCUCCCCAUCCCUUCUCUUGGAGCUUCUUCAAAGGAUUGCACGUGUUACAAAAGAUUAUCUCGGCGUUCUUAAUGAAGAUUCAUUGCGGAAGAACUUUAUUUUGGUGUAUGAAUUGCUUGAUGAAGUCAUUGACUUUGGAUACCCACAGACAACCUCUACUGAAGUUCUCAAGUCGUACAUAUUCAAUGAACCCAUUAUGGUUGAUGCUGGAAGGCUGCCACCGCUUGGUCCUGCUGCUAUGUUCAUGCAAGGCACGAAGCGUAUGCCUGGUACAGCUGUUACAAAAUCUGUUGUUGCUACUGAGCCUGGGGGGAAGAAGAGGGAGGAAAUUUUUGUUGAUAUCAUUGAGAGAAUUAGUGUAACAUUCAGCUCGAGUGGCUAUAUACUUACAUCUGAGAUUGAUGGAACAAUUCAAAUGAAAAGUUACCUCACUGGCAAUCCGGAAAUCCGUCUUGCUCUCAAUGAGGAUUUGAGCAUCGGAAGAACUGGAUCUUCUUCAUACGAUUACAGAAGUUCUUCUGGAGGAGGAACAGUCAUUCUUGAUGAUUGCAAUUUCCAUGAGUCAGUACAUCUGGACAGUUUUGAUAUUGACAGAACUUUGACUUUAAUACCGCCCGAUGGAGAAUUUCCUGUAAUGAACUACCGUAUGACCCAAGAAUUUAAGCCACCAUUCCGUGUAACCGCACUAAUUGAAGAAGCUGGACCAGCGAGGGCUGAAGUUCUACUGAAAAUAAGAGCUGACUUCUCCGCGAGUGCCACUGCUAACACAAUCGUAGUACAAAUGCCAGUGCCUGCAUACACAAUGAGAGCGAGUUUUGAGUUGGAAGCUGGAGCAGUUGGACAGACAACCGAUUUUAAGGAAGGAUCCAGGAGACUUGAGUGGAAUCUAAAGAAGAUUGUUGGUGGUUCUGAGCACACCCUCCGUGCAAAGCUGACAUUUUCUCAGGAGUCACAUGGGAAUAUCACAAAGGAAGCUGGCCCAGUGAACAUGAAUUUCACUAUACCGAUGUACAAUGCAUCAAAGUUGCAGGUCAGGUAUCUUCAGAUCGCAAAGAAAUCGAAGGCAUACAACCCUUAUAGAUGGGUGCGAUACGUUACACAAGCCAACUCCUACGUAGCUCGUCUAUGAGGAAUCAGCAUCUGUACUCUUGUUUCCAGUCCAUUUUUUUUGGGUGUAAUAUUUGAGCGUUAUCAUGGACAUAGUGGCGUGUAUUGUGUAACUGUAUAUUGAGGUUCGCAUACCGCUCAGCUCCUGUAGUAACAAUUGUUUUUCGUCGUGCAAUGUGCAGAUGAAUAAUUCAUGUUCUAAUGCUGCAAAACUGAUUGAGGCGAGUACCUAUUGUCUUGCAUAAUUCCUGCGAGGUUUUAGAAACUGUGAACUGACCUCGCCUGUGGGACAUUGGGUCCUAUUGUUUCGCAUAAUUUCUGCAAGGUUCUAGAAACUAUGAACUGAGCUUUGGCCAGUAAAGCUCUUUGUAUUAAAGUAAUAAUGUAUUUUCAGUUGAGUUCA